GGCCUGGGUUUCACCCCCCCCGCACACUCCCGUAACGACUGGAUCGGGCCCCCUGACAAGCACUCCAACCUGUGGCCCGUCGUCUUCUACGUGCCCCCCGAGGAGUCGCCCCUGGAGCGGCGGCUGCGAGAGGCCCGUCAGGAAUCCCAGGCCUGCGACCAGCGCUUCUGGGCACGGCACAACCGAGCCUUCCGCCAGGAGAAAGAAGAAUUUAUUUAUUCAAGACUGAAAGCCAAGGGUCUGGAAAUGAGAGAUGAAACAGGUCAGAAAGCAACACUGAAUGCAGAAGAAAUGGCUGACUUUUACAAGGACUUUCUAAGCAAAAAUUUUAGAAAGCAUAUGCAGUAUAACAGAGAUUGGUAUAAACGUAACUUUACUAUCACAUUCCUCAUGGGACAAGUAGCACUGGCAAGAACUCUGAGAUGGCUUCGGUGGAAAAAGAAAAGUGUUGGAAACUGAGCACAGCUCCGUGAAGAAGGCAACAGUAGCUAGCCUGCUAUAAACUUGUACAUACUCAUGUUCGGAAUCUGAGUGACUGAUGUAAUAAUCGCCUGAAUCUGUUUGUUAAACUAUGUAAAUAAAAGUUGCCAAUGGUCUUAAU